CCGCCUCCACUGCGCAGGCGCACUUCCUCCAGGACGCAGCGACAGAGCGAGCCCAUCCACAGAGAACACACAGAGGGGUCAAAAUGGCCCUCGAUAAUCUCAUCUUCGCCCAGUGCAUCCUCUACUUCUUAGCCUUCGUGUUCGGCUUCAUCGCCGUGGUGCCUCUGUCGGAGAACACGGAGGACUUCGGCGGGAGGUGCCUGCUGUUCACGCGGGGGAUGUGGCAGAACGAGAACAUCACGGUGUCCAAGCAGCGCUUCAUCGUGGAGGAGUGGGGACCCGAGUCCUCCUGCAGCUUCAUCACCUUCGUCGGGAUCGCGUCCCUCAUCCUGUCCGCGGUGCAGGCGUGGAGGCUGCUCUUCUUCCUGUGCAAAGGACACGACGACUCCCUCUUCAACGCCUUCCUCAACCUGCUGAUCAGCUCCCUGGUGGUGUUCACAGUCUUCCUGUCCAGCACCAUCGUCAGCGUGGGCUUCAACCUGUGGUGCGACUCCAUCACCGAGGGGGGGACCAUGCCCAGCAGCUGCGAGGACCUGCAGGACACUGAUCUAGAACUUGGCCUGAACAACUCUGCUUUUUAUGACCAGUUUGCUAUAGCUCAGUUUGGCCUGUGGGCUGCCUGGCUCACCUGGCUGGGCAUCUCAGUGAUGGCGUUCCUCAAGGUUUACCACAACUACAGACAAGAGGACCUGCUCGACAGCCUGAUCCACGAGAAGGACUUGCUGCUCGGCCGCUCCGCGCGCCACAGCUCCGACCUCAAGACCGGCAUGAUCUAGAAAAAAAAAAAGCCAGAGGAUGUGCAGACACACACAUUGUCAUUCACACCAAACCGUGUAUCGUCCUCCACCUGCCACAAGAAACACCGAUGUUUCCCUGUGUAGACAAUCAAAAUCUAUUGGCUUGUGCUCCCAUUGACCAUGGAUUGAAUGAAACAGCAGGUUUUAGCUUUGUUCUGCAGAGAUGAUAGAUUCCCCCUCAGAAAUCUACCAGUGAUUGCUAAUCCUCAGAGUGUCCUGCUUUAUUCUACCACUGUGUACACACACAACUAUAGCCUUUGAUAGUAUUCAAAUCAAACCAGUAUUAGUAUUAAAACCAAACCAGUGGAAAUUACACCCACUUUUUCUCAACUCAUGACUUUCCAUUUAGCAGCAGAGUAUUAUUGGCUUCGGACGGAUCGGCCGAUGGAUCACGUUCUCUCGGAACUUCUGCAUGGACGUAAUGCAUGGCGAUUUUAUAGGGUGGUUUUUAGAUGUAAAGGGAUUUCCUCUUGUUUUAUAAGCCAAAUACACAUGUUCCAUGCUAGGAUGAAGUGAGAAGUCUUUGCAUGCUGCAGCAAAGUCAAAUGAUAUUUGCUUUAGAGUUUCAUAAGGGUCUUUAUAUAAAAACGACAAAUUGUAGUUCAGGACCGUCGUGUAUCAGGCAGCAGGUUCCUAGAAAAUGCUUUAGGCAAUUACGUGAGAUUAAAAAAAGGGAUCCGAUCUUAUGCCACAUUGUAACUCAUGCUUCUCCCUUAUACUUUAUAGACUACAUACCAAUAUGCUGCUUUACUGUGAAUAGAUGCACAACUGUACCUGCAUGCAUCUCUCCCCCUGUUCCAUAUCACGCGUCACACACGUUACACACUCACUUCAGCUCCUUCGGGGGAUACGCUCGGGCGUUUCAGUGCAUGUACGUGAGAGCGGCUUCAUCUUCCUCAGAGGUUACAAUGAAGAAACCUGCUUGACUUUUAUAGGCAAUGACAGUUUUAUUCAAAACAAUUGAAAUCAUAAAAACGGUGGGAACUGAGAAAAACCCUCCAGAAAAGGCACUUCUUUCAAAGUGUAACCGCGACUGUUUGGACAGUGGUGAAAUGCAGCCUCUAAGCUAAAUGUGCACAUACAGGACAUGAGUUCACUGGGUAUUGUUUUUAUUGCUAAGGACAGUUUAGUUUAGACAGUACAGAGUUGAGAGUAGUUCCUUCUUCUCCACAGGCGCCGUUCGCCUCAUGCUGCUCUGACGUUCAAAUGUGAGUUCUUACAAAUCCAACACUUUCCCUCUGAGUUCCCUGAAACCUGUUAAAUAUAUGUAUAUAUAAUAUAUAUAUAUAAAGAAAAAUGUUAUACCGGAAA